AUGCCUGAACCAGUCAACUCUUUCCUAUCCUCCAUUAGGGAUUUCACCCCCCAAGGACAUUCGCUACACAACCCUAGCAAACUAGACCAGCACGUUUUGAACGGCCGGUCCAAAUUGACUCUCAAAAGCAACAACUCCGCAGUGCGGAAGUUCCUAGCCUUUAUUAAAGCCUCCCGGAAAACGCCUUCCAUCUUACCGGCAACCAAAGACAAUAUCUAUGGAUUUUGCUUCUGGGCUGGGAAAAAGGAUACCGACAAAGGUGAAAGCGGGGUGCUCAGCGUUACCCUCAAAAAGUACCUCCAAGGCCUGAAGGCCUGGAAUAUUUUUCAUGACUCGCCAUACCCACUGAUCUCAGAGAAGAAGGUAGCCCUGCUAUUGAAGUCUUCCCUUAAAUUGGAAGCAUUGGCUGCAAAAAGAGUCCCAAAAAAUCCAGUGAUGAUAGAACACUUUGUGGUUCUGGCGAAUGACCUGGCAUCCGGGGAUUUAGAGGACGCCGCAAUACUUGACUUGGCGUUGGUGUCUUUCUGGAGCCUUGCGAGGCUGGGCGAGGUGACACAUGACCAGUCCAACCCAGGCUGCAAGAUCCUACAACAUGACGUCACGGUCAGUCAUGAUGGCCGUUCAGAAAGCAUUGAAUUGAAAGAAUCCAAGACAGCUUUACUGGGGGAAUCACAGUUCCUCCAACUUAAGUUGGUGCCGAACUGCCUUUGCCCAGUCAGGGCUAUGACACAGAGAAUCUCCUCCUGGGGCCAGAGUGAUCACAUCUUUGGAUAUUCCAACAAAGGUCGAUACCUAGCACUAAUGAAAUACUCAGUGAAGAGAAGACUAUUGGCGAUAUGGACCACCCAUGGCUUUGACGGGCUCUCCGGCCAUUCUUUUAGAGUCGGCGGCACCUCUUUCCAUAACGCCCUGGGGAUCUCACCCACCCAGAUUUGCAAGCUGGGUCGGUGGGCCUCUGUAAGCUACAAGCUGUACAUUAGAGUAUAUUCAUCAGAUGAUUUGUCAUCCUCUCUGGAGACUUUGUCUCAACUAGAUCUUCAAUGGAGAUUAACCUAG